ACUACCAAUUGUUCUUGAUGAUAUCGCUGUAGAUAUGUCCUUUGGAACGGGUGCCGUAAAAAUCACCCCUGCACAUGAUUUUAAUGAUUAUGAGGUUGGGAAGAGACAUAAUUUAGAGUUCAUUAACAUUCUUAAUGAUGACGGCACUCUUAAUGAAAAUGCCAGCCAAUUUCAAGUAG